AUGUCCGAUCCGCUUCGAAAGCUUUCCAAAGAUCAACGCGAGCUAAUUGGCUCACCUUUCGCCACACCGCGCACCGUCGCGCCGUCUGAGCUUCUCUAUUUCUUUUCAGCGCCUGAAAUAAGACUGCCGGUGUGGAUAAUGUCGGAGGAGCGGUCGCGGCGGCUCUCGCAGAUAUUCGACCCGCUGUCCCGUUUCACGGACGCGGGCGGCGCCGGCCGCUCGGCCAGCACGCCGAACAGCCCGCGGCUGCUGCCGAGGCGCUCCAGGGGGCCGCCGCCGCCGCCGCCUAGACCGCUCGGGCAUGCGUCGCACCUGGACCCUCUGGAUUACGAGCUGGCGGCGGCGGAGUUCGGCGCGGUGAACUGGCAGGAGCGAUGCCUGGAACUGCAGCUGGAGCUGCACAGGAGCCGCCACCAGGCGACGAGGGUGCGCGACAUGCUGAGAGAUAAGUUUCGAAACGGAACGGAGAUAAGAUUCGUGCUCAAGCCGGGCCGAAACAUGAGCGAGCUUUUUGUUUCCCCGCCUUUAUCAGUUUCGUCUUCCAGCCGAGUGCUUUUUAUAGUUUCCUUCAUAAGCGGCGCACGGGGCCGUGACGUG